CCAAAGCAAGGCAUCCGCUCCCCUGUCUUCGGCCGGCCGCGCCGUCUUCCCCCAAAAAAUCCCCACCCAAACCCAAGCAGCACCGCCGGCCCAUGUCGUCUCGCCGCCACCCGCCGCCGGCCGCCGACCGCGCAGCCGAGGCGGGGGACGCGGCCCUCGCGCGCGACAUCGUCACGCUCCACCAGGCCCUCUCCCUCGACCCCUCGCGCCGCCGCCGCUCCUCCCUCCCGCUCCCCUCCCCAUCUGUCGACCAGGCCCGCCACAAGCCCAAGCUUAAGCCCUCGUCGUCGCGCAAGCUCCUGCCCUCUGCAUCGUCUUCGUCCUCCGUCUCCACCUCCUCAUCGUCGUCUUCCUCGUCCUCGUCGUCGUUCUGGAAGAAGUCCUUGACGGCUAUCUCCCACCUGGGUCGGCGCCGCCUCGACUGCGCCUUCACUCUGCGCGUGCACUCCGUCGACGGCCUCCCCGCCGCGCUCGAUGGCUCCCCGAUUUCUGUCCACUUCCGCCGCUUGUCCGUGUGCGCAUCCACUCGGCCCGUCGCGCCGGCCCUCGGCGCCGUCGCGUUCGAGGAGGCGCUCACACAGCGCUCGCCCGUCUACUUCUCCCGCGGAGCCAAGACCGCGGUCAAGUAUGAGCCCCGGGCCUUCACCGUCACCGUCGCAGCCUCAGCUCUCGAGCUCGGCAAACACGAGGUUGACCUGACCCGUUUGCUACCGCUCUCCAUCGACGACCUCGAGGAGGGCGGUGACUCCGGAUUCGGGAAGUGGAGUACGAGCUUCCGCCUGUCAGGUGUCGCCCGCGGCGCGCGGCUCAAUGUCACCUUCUCCUGCGCGCUUGUAGGCUUCGGUGGGGAGAAGCAGAAGGGAGGGGAAGUGGCGGGGCUGAGACGGGGCUCCAUGGCGCGGCAGGUGUCCGUGCAGACCCCGACGCCAGUGCCAGCACGGAGCCGGGACGUGAGGGUGUUGCACGAGAUCUUGCCGAGCGUGAGGCCUGUAAAGGCCUUGCCUUUUGAUGGUGAUGCAGGUGUUGAUGCCAGGAAGGGUGAGGUGGCAACAGUAGACCACGAGGAGGAUGGUUCGCCAGAGUCCAAGCAUUGCACAUCAGUGGAGGUGAAGAAGGUGGAGGAGGGCUCGUCACUUGUUGGUGAUGCAGGUCUUGAUGCGACGAAGGAUGAGCCAAACCAUAGCACAUCAGUGGAUGUGAAGAAGGGAGAAGAGGUUUCCGUGCAUCCAGAGGGUGAUUGUGAUGCUGCAGAAUUCAAUGUAGUUGAGCAGGGAGUUGAGGAGGUUGCCCUCGAGGAUCCAACCCAGUUCAAACCUGUUGAAGCUGAUGAUGUGCCUGGUCGAGUGGAGGGUUGUAGGGGUGAAGCUAACGAAGAGCCUGCAUUAGUAUGCGACGAUGUUGUUAAAGAGGAGAUAGCUGAAGUGAAGCUGGAAGAGGAGCUCAGUGAUGUUGAUCUUGUACGAGAGGAUGGGGGAAACAAGCAGGAUGCACCAGUCAAAGCGACCUUGUUGCCUACUGCAGCAUUCGAAAAAGAUGGUCAGUUCACAGCAGAUGCAGAACUGGGGGAUCUGGAGUGUAUAUUCAACAAAUUCUCAAUUGUCGAGCCAGAGGAAUUUGAAUCUCCCAUUCUAGACGAUAAGCUUUCUAGGCGCUUGAGCUGCAUGGGUUCGGAAGAUAGUUACAAUUCCGCCAGUAGGAAGAGCAGAUCACGCAGCGUGGAUGCUUCAUCUGAUUUUGUUGCUAGUGAGUUUUUGGAUAUGCUUGGGAUAGAUCAUAGCCCAUUUGGGCAAACAUUAGAUAGUGAUCCGGAGUCACCAAGAGAGCGGCUUUGGAAGCAGUUUGAAAAGGAAGCUCUAGCGUCUGGGGACUGUAUUCUUGGUUUGAACUUUGAAGACGGAGUGGAAGAACCUAGCUGUGAAGACGUUGCGGAGGAUCUCGAUCUCUCCACAAUCAUACGAGAGGCUGAACUUGAGCUGCAGAAUGGUGCUCUGCUCAUAGACACCACAGUUAGAGCCAAGUCGUUGGAAGAUGAGGAAACUGAAGCCCUAAUGCGACAGUUUGGGCUAAAUGAGAAGUCCUUCCAAUCUUCUCCACCUGGAAAUGGAAGUGGGUUCGGUAGCCCCAUUCAGUUCCCACCUGAGCAGCUCCUUGACCUCCCACCUUUAGCUGAUGGUUUGGGCCCAUUUAUUCAGACAGAAGAUGGCGGAUUUCUGCGGUCAAUGAGUCCAGUUCUUUUCAAAAAUGCAAAGAACAAUUGUAGCUUGGUCAUGCAGGCUUCUUCUCCAAUUGUACUACCAGCAGAAAUGGGCUCUGAAAUUACUGAGAUAUUGCAUGGUCUGGCUUCAGUUGGAAUCGAGAAGUUAUCGAUGCAAGCAAACAAACUUAUGCCCUUAGAAGAUGUCAAUGGGAAAAUGAUGCAGCAGCUUGCCUGGGAGGCUUCUCCUGCUCUAGAGUCUUCUGAAAGAUAUGACCUACUGGAGAAUCACGUUGUGGAUGCUUUGGCAGGAGGGAUCGGUAAUGCUGCCAUGGGAAAGAAGAAUAAAGGGAGAGGUUCUGAUCUGUUAUCAUCAAUGGGUAGAAAAAAUGUUUCGGAGUAUGUUUCACUUGAGGAUCUUGCCCCAUUAGCGAUGGAAAAGAUUGAAGCCCUUUCCAUUGAGGGUCUGAGAAUACAAUCUGGCAUGUCUGAAGAAGAGGCACCCUCCAAUAUUAGUGCCCACCCUAUUGGGGAAUUUUCAUCUCUGCAAGGGAAGUCCGUAGAUAAUACUUUGUCCCUUGGUUUGGAGGGAACUGCAGGGCUGCAGCUUUUGGAUGUUAAACAAAGUAGUGAUGAUGUUGAUGGAUUAAUGGGCUUGUCAAUCACUCUAGAUGAGUGGAUGAGACUUGAUUCUGGAGUAGUGGAUGAAGAAGAGCAGUUCAGUGACCGGACAUCGAAAAUACUUGCUGCACACCAUGCCAAAUCAAUGGACCUACUUGCUGAAAGCCAGAGUGCGGACAAAAAGAGCAGGAGAUCUGGUAGAAGAUGGGGUUUGUUAGGGAAUAACUUUACAGUUGCUCUCAUGGUUCAACUGCGCGAUCCGCUACGUAACUACGAACCAGUUGGCACACCGAUGCUUUCUUUGAUUCAAGUGGAGAGGGUUUUUAUUCCCCCAAAGCCCAAGAUAUAUACCAACAUUUCAGAGAAAGGUAACAGUGAGCAAGACGACGAGGAGCCCAAGACAGAACAGAUUCUCGAUGCACUGGUCAAUGAAGAAAAAGUUGAGGAGGAAGAGUCUGUUCCUCAGUUUAAAGUCACAGAAGUCCAUGUAGCUGGUUUUAAGAGCGAGCCUGAAAAGACAAAACCAUGGGGUAAUCAAACACAGCAGCAAUCUGGCUCAAGAUGGCUGCUAGGAGCUGGCAUGGGUAAGGGCAAUAAGCAUCUUCUGAUGAAAUCCAAAGCUAUUGCAAAGCCAACGAAAGAGGCAGCUGGUCAGCAAGGUGACACCCUUUGGAGCAUUUCUUCCCGCGUUCAUGGACCAGGGACAAGAUGGGGCGAGUUAGCAGGGUCUAAGCGGAACCCGAAUAUCCUCCUUCAAAAGGAAAAGAGAUUCCGGUGAUGACUUCAGGAAUUCUAGGAAGUUAGUACUUGGAUGCUGAGUGAGAGGGAGGGGUUUUAUAACCUAGCCUGAAUUGUCCUGAUGGACUACUAAAUCAUGUAAAUCUAGUGUUCUUUUUUCUUGAUAAAUAUUUCUCUCAUCAGCUCUGCUCAUAUGUGCAUCGAUUGGGCUCCUUUUAAAUUCACCCCCUGCUCUUAAUUGUGCUGAGAAACUAGUGUUUCUGGUGUUACUAUUUCAAAAUCGUUUUUCUGUAUGUAAAGGUGCGAUUCUGUCUUCUGGGAAAGUGUUAAGUGCAUCUCUUCA